AGCAGUAGCAGCAGCACGAGUCGCUCUGCGUCUCGCCGUGGAAAUUCGCGAGUGGAAGUCCGCGUGACAGUACUCUCCAGAGGUUACGUUAACAGGCCGGACGAUGAUGUCAAAGUGCUGGUGCCGCGUGAUCCGCGCGAGAUCGAACCAUUCGUCCAAGUGUCAGUGAAUCAUUACCGUUCGCUGUUGCUUUUCUCCUUGUCGGUGCGAGGCCUCUCUUUUUGUUGGCCAACAGGGAUAAUAGGCCGGGCCUAUCAGCACAGUAGGAAAAUGGCGGCUCGCCUUGCGCGGCGUAGACGACGAGGGGCAACGAGGCUCUUUGCGUGAAACGACCGAGUUCACGCACGCGAGCAAGGGAGAAGAAAAAAAAAAGAAAGGGAAAAGCGAUCUUUCGUUUCCUUCGUUUCGAUCGUUUGCGGUGUAAAGUGCACGACGUAGUUGGUGUUCGAUUGUCCGGCGCGGUAAACGAAAAACGCAAGAGAAAGAGAGAGAGAAAGAAAGAAAAGAGAGAGAGAGAGAGAGAGUGUGUGUGUGUGUGUGUGUGUGUGUGUGAGAGAGAGAGAGAGAGUGAGAGAGUGAGGCGCAGAGAGAAAAAGGAGGGACCUCGUUAGCGCGAAUACCAUGAGUUACGAGAUGAGAGCGGGACGUGGAGAGAAACGAAGGAAAAACAACACGAAAAUCGAGUAACGAAGAACCACUGUGCUCCGUUCCGUUUGUGCACGCGUGUGCGCUCGCAUGAGAGCGAGAGGCGAUCAACGGUGACAAGUGUUCCGUCGACGGGGAACUUCGCCUUAGCUCCCACGUCGACACAAGAAGAUGAUAUUCCGGGCAUCGAGAUACCGCCGUGGCUACGUCGAUCGCGAUCCUCGUGUCGCCGUUUGCUGUCGUCGCCAUUGAGCUACGGCCGCUUUCGCGAAAAUCUCCUCCUUUUUCGCGAGAGAGGAUUGCGAAGGCCGUGCGUGGACGACGAGGACAACGACGAGUACGACGGCGACGACGACGACAACAGCAAUAACAACAACACGACAACGAUCACGAGGAUAACUCGAGCGAAGAUGAGAGGCGCGUACGACGGCGGCAUAGCGAGCUUUCUCGCUCUGGCGCUCCUCUGUUUAUUCCACACGUCAUGCUUUGUGGACGGACUGUUGAAGUGUUAUUGCGACAUUUGCCAGGAAACUAAUCACACGUGCGAAACCGAUGGCUACUGUUUCGCCAGCACCAGCUUGGAGAACGACAUGAAAACGUAUGCCUGGAGGUGUUACGAUAAGGUGCACUUCUUCCCGGCGCCCGAGUACUCGGUAUGGUGCGAAGCGAAUAGCACGCUGUACAGUCCAGGUGGCGUGGAAUACGUGGUCGACUGCUGCGACCAUUUCGACUUCUGCAAUCGCAACCUAACGCCCUCUUUUCCUCCGAGAGUGCGGUCGGAUGGCGACGACGCGGCGUGGGUCACUUGGAAAAUGGCGUUGAUGAUAGCAAUGCCGAUAUGCGUGAUCUGCGUGGUGGUGAUGGUGAUUUAUCACGUGCGCAAGACCCCAGAAAGGCCCGGAAACAGUGAUGACUCGCAGGAGGCACCGGAUCGACCCAUCCUCGGCGGCGUUACCAUUAGGGACAUGCUGGAGAUGACCACCAGCGGCAGUGGCUCAGUAGGCCUGCCACUUCUGGUACAGCGGAGCAUAGCCCGCCAGAUUCAGCUGGUGGAAACGAUCGGAAAGGGUCGCUUCGGCGAGGUCUGGCGUGGCCGUUGGAGGGGCGAGAACGUCGCCGUGAAGAUCUUCAGCUCGCGCGAGGAGAGAUCUUGGUUCAGGGAGGCAGAGAUUUAUCAGACGGUGAUGCUCAGGCACGACAACAUCCUGGGGUUCAUCGCUGCUGAUAACAAAGAUAAUGGCACGUGGACCCAGCUGUGGCUGAUCACCGAUUACCACGAGAAGGGCUCGCUGUUCGAUUAUCUGAACAGAUCGACCGUGGACACGAACGGUAUGAUCAGGAUGGCCCUGUCGAUCGCCACCGGGCUGGCGCAUCUUCACAUGGAGAUCGUCGGCACGCAGGGGAAGCCGGCCAUCGCUCACAGGGAUCUCAAGUCGAAGAAUAUCCUCGUGAAGACGAAUGGUACAUGCGCGAUCGGCGAUCUCGGAUUGGCCGUCAGGCAUGACGUAAUAACAGACACCGUCGAUAUCCAGCUGAAUAAUCGGGUCGGCACUAAGCGGUACAUGGCGCCCGAGGUUCUCGAAGAGACGAUAAACAUGAACCACUUUGAUUCCUUCAAGAGGGCUGACGUGUACGCUCUCGGGCUGAUCCUCUGGGAGAUCGCGAGGCGGUGCAACGUUGGCGGAAUUCACGACGAAUAUCAGCUGCCGUUUUACGACUUGGUGCCUUCUGAUCCGACGAUCGAGGAGAUGCGUAAAGUUGUGUGCACCGACAGACAGAGGCCAUCGAUACCGAAUCGGUGGCAGUCGAUCGAGGCAUUGCAAGUGAUGUCGAAGGUCAUGAAGGAGUGUUGGUAUCACAACGCGGCAGCUAGACUGACCGCGCUUAGGAUUAAAAAAUCCCUCGCGAAUUACGGCGCGAUGGAGGACUUGAAGUGAAAUGAGGCGGUCCGGCGGCCGAUCGUCGAGACGGCCGGAGAAACGGAAGUGCUCGAAACACACGCAUGGACACUCACGUUAACUGUAACACUUUUAUCGCAAUAAAACUUUUCAAGUGCCGUGUUACUGCGCGCGAGAGAGAAAGAAAGAAAGAGAGCGAGCGAGAACGUGAGAGAGAGCGAGAGAAAGAGCGAAAGAGAGAGAGAGAGAGAGAGAAAGGGAUAAGACGCUCGGUCGAAAGUGAGAAAUUCUAAUAGCUGAAGCAGAGAGCCUAACGAAAGACUGGUUAAAAGAAAAAAAAGAAAAAAGAAAAAAAAAUGAAAAAAAAAGAAAAGAAAUAAAUAAAAUCGAGACGACGUUCCUUUAAUAAUCGCGUUGACUUUGGUCGAGUCGCAACCCUAAUUUCCGAGUAUCAGCUUGUACGUACGAGGUGGCAGAAGAGAGGUCGUAAUCGAACAAGGAUUACGUUAUUUUUUUUCUUUUUUUUUUUUGGUAAAGAGAUAGAAACAGGAGAAAGAAGCACAUUAGCGAACGACGAGUGACAGAAACAGGGACAGGGUCGACGAAGAACGUCCAAAAUAAUAAUGAAAUAUCGGGUAGAGUGGAGGGUAUUUGUUCGCUGAUGAUCGAUCGAUCGAUCGAUCAGACAAAAUGGGGAUGUGUUAUGAACACGGCGACACGUGUUUGGUUAAUCGAAUUACGAUUAAUAAUCGUGCCUGAUCACGCGUCACACACACACCUCUGCUGUAUAUUUAUUAAUAGUAACAAUAAGAUAGUGACGUAUAUAAAUUUAUUAUAUAGCGACGUUUAUUGAGUAAUAUUAAUGAAUAUUAAAUAAAUUUGUAUAUUAAUAUAUACACACGUAUAAUUAUGUAUAUUCGUUGUCGGGCGAUCCGAUUCGAUUAACCGAACUGAUUUCGUUAUCGACUAUAGUUUGCAACUGGAUAGUCAUACUUCAGCGAGACGAUUAAACAAAUGAAUUGUCGCGUUCGUUCGAUCGAUCGACGAUGAUUCCCAAAAGAGAAAGAGAAAGAGAGAGAUGGACUUUCCUCGUCACGCGUAUUUUCGUAUUUGCGUUAUGGUUGAAACAACUUCAGGUGAAGAUAUAAUGCGCCUCCGCGUCACCAAUUUGAUACGUUUUUUCUGCCUUUAUUCCUCGUCUUUCUUUUCUUUUCUAAAUUCACGCAUAACCAAAUUCACAUCGAUUCGUUCGCCAACAUUUACCGGUGCGUGCAUAGACUGGGUUCCUCGCGUUUCCUUUCCUUUUACAGAAGCAUGUAUCACACACAUUGUAUCACAAGAGAGAUACAUCCAACAUAUCCUUGUUUUCUCGUUCUCGCGAUUAGACAGAGUCGAGCAUUCGCCUCGAUUCUGCACGUGUAUACAGGGUAGUUAGAGAGAAAGAGAGAGAGAAAGAGAGAGAGAGAGAGCGCCAAGCAAUUUAUGGUUAUCGAGAAUAGAAAUCGACUAAACACAUAUAGUUCAAGUAUACGCGAUUCUGUUUGUCAUUGUAAAACGAACUAUCACCAACACGAAUGUUAAACGAAAAAAGAAAAGAAGACAAAAAAAAUUGCAUUCUUUCUUUUUGGAAUUUCUUACGUUCUCUUUUAUUCAGUCGAGACAAGCAUCCGAUAUUUUUUUUUUCUUUUUGUUCGUACGCUCUUCGUUUUCAAAACGCCAACUUUUCAAUUUCUUUUCUCGAAGAUUUUCACAACGAAUAGCCUUUUUCUUUCUUCGCAGCACGAUUCUCGGUUUGGUUCGUUAACCCGUAUGUUAUCAUACACACGCAUACAUCCUACACAGAGGCACACAGACCGGGUACACACGUACACGUAUCCUUAGCGUUAGGCAUACCCAGAUGUUUUGCUCAAGACGAAAUAUUUUUGCGUAUUUAAUCGAGAUAUACGCGAGCUGAAGGCGGUGCGUCACGAUACGCGGGACUUUCGAAGCGUGUUUCCUUUGUAACACAGGAAGGCUGAAAUUGAAGGGUGCUAAGCUUAAGAAUGAAUGUACCGUUUGCGUGUGAAAGGGACAGACUGAGCAAUUGAACGAACGGAAGACAGAGAAUGGACGAGGCAGAGACUGCGAGCCCACUGACUGAAGAAAGCUAGCGAGCAAGAGAGUUUCGAAAGGAGAGAACCAAAGAGAGUGAGAAACGUGAGCGAAUUGAUAAAGGGGGGAGGGGGAGAGAAAAAGGAAGAAGGAAACGUAAACAAAGAGAAACAUUCGAGAGAAGCUAUAUUUUCGUGAAUUUUUUCAUGGAUCGAUGAGAAAGGGAAACGAAGAAAGAGAGAGAAAAAUGAAUGAAAGAAAGAAACGAAAGAGAGUGAGAGAAACAACUGAGAACGAUGCCGAUGCUUAAUGCGAAAAGCUUCAACUACGAACGCGUGUCCUCAUCAGAAUGUUCUUCAUUGUCGUUCCGACUUUUUCACCAGUGAUAUUUUAUACAUUUUCUUUGAAUUCGAGGAGCGUAAUGAACGAAUAUUCGCGACUGUAACGCGCGUUUUUAUGCGUCGCGGGGAAGCGAGUGAUCGGCAUGCGAGUACGCGUACGAGUAUGUCUCUCUGCGAAGCUAAACGAAGUGUUUGGGUUAGGUCCCAAGGAACAAGGUUCGUCGAAUGAAAAGAAACCCUAAUCAAGAGCGUUGAACUUUCUGCGACGAAGCUGCGUGGGCACAAUGUCGUCGCGGAUGAGAAAUAGAAUAACAAACGGAACCUGAGAAGAAUGAACGUCGAAGAAACUGAUAGAAAUGAUAGAAAACUAGAUCGCGUGUAAGAGGAAAUCGAGAAAAAGAGAGAGAGAAAGAGAGAGAGAGAGAGAGAGAGAGAGAGAGAGAGAAAGAAAGGGAAAAGAAAUCGAAUCACUGUCAUCCAAUAGUCAGCGUGAAAAGUCCACGAUUAACUUGCGAUUAAUUAUCGUAUAUAAAGGGACGGAGGGUCCUUCAAACACACACAUAACUAUGUAUUUUUGUAUUGUUUUUUUACCAACCACGUCCCCGAACGGCGGGAACGUCCAACCGGUUUUUCUCUUCCGUUUUCUAAAAGGAACUUUUUCAACCUUUUCGAAACCCAAGCUGCCGCGCGAGCCUUUCACCGGAGAGAAGGUAAAGGAAGGAACGAUAUACUUGUCUAAGGAGAAGCUAACUAUCUAAAUUAAAAAAAAAAAAAAGAGAAAACAUAAACAAGUCGUAUCGCCAAUAAGUAUCUCGUUAAUAAAGUUAACAGAAUUCCUUUCUCCUCGUUUUCAAGCGUCACCGACCGGAGACGCGUUUACACACGUCGCGACAUCGCGGACGCUGCAAUUUCAAAAGACUGAACGAUCUAACAAUGUUCGAUCAUAGUAGGUAAACGAUUUUAUGUAAAAAAAAAAAAAAAAAAAAAAAAAAAAAAAAAAAAAAAAAAGGACAAAAAAAAAAAAAAAAAAAAAGAAGAAGAAGAAAAAAAAAAGGACGAAUAAAAUAGCCGCCGACUGCAAACCGAGUCUCGCGCGGCUCUUCUUUUUCUUUUUCAAACGAACGAGUGCUUCUUCGUCCGUGGAAACGCUUCGUUCGUUCCGCCGGGCGUUCUUCUCGUACACAUUCCUAUUACGACGUAGGUUAAUUUACGAUACUAUAAAUAAUAAACGAUACAUAGAGUUACUCGUGCGUCGAUGCAGUUCCAUCGGCGAGUUCGUGCGUUUUCUUUUUUCUUUUUUUUUCUUUUUUUUUUUUUCGAAAUGAACCGCCUCGCCCGUGGAACUUCUCUCGUCGACGAUGAAACGCGGUCCCGCAGGUGUUUCCAUAUUGCUAGUACAAUUUUGUGCCAAUAACAGAUGUCGAAUGUUAACUAAAGUGAGAGUGAGAGUGUGAGAGAAAGAGAGAGAGAGAGAGAGAAAGGAUACCAGUUACAAUAUAAUGUAAUUACAGAGCGUGCGCGCUCUUACGCAAGUACAUACACACACAGGUUCGUUCGAGAAAAAAUAUCUUCGAUUUUUUACUUGUUCGAGUCGCUCAAGUUACAGUCAGUUUUGCCAAGUGCUUUUCCUUACUCCACCCACCACUCCAACGCGUUUUAUACGAAGUGUUACUCUAGACAAGUCUAGAAGAGACUUUUUUUUUUAUCGAGAAUAUCGCGCCAAACUUUUUUAUAUAGCGUACGACAUCCACGCGUGGAAACAAACGAGAGAUGUUCAACAGCACAGACAAGUUGACCAGCGAGCUACGAGUCUCAAUUUCUCUCGAUUGACAAUUUUUAUUAACGUAAAAAUCGACUGGUACAAUAUACGUAACUAUACUCUUUAAGCAGUGUUAUAUAUAAUAUAGGGUAGACGAAGAUGCCUUAUAACUCUAAACGAAGUCAUUUUCAAAUCUCUUUUUUUUUUUUUUUUUGUUCUCUCAUUCGGAGCAUUUGUCGAACCAUUCAAGACCAAGUGCAACGAGAAUAUAAUUGAACACGUUAAGCGUCUCUAGGGAUCGGCCACAGCAUUUGGAGAUUAAAUUUUGAUUGUGAGAUUAAGCAUUUCGUAUCGGUUUUCGUUCAAUCAAAGCUUUCAGGAAAGGAAUAUGAUAUUUGAACAAAAAUAUUAAUGUAUUUUAUUAAAAGAAUAUAAACAAGGCUCGGCAAAAUUAAAUCGCUUGAUGCAGCACUUUUCGAUUCUAUUAGCAUUUUC